GCUGCUUCUUGGACUGUCGUCUCCUCAGUCCUGUUUUCCGCCGAAACCCCGUCGCUGAAAAUCAGAUCGCAACCCCGCCAAAAUGUCGUUAACAAAUUGCCGUUUUUACGAGGAGAAGUACCCUGAGGUGGACAGCUAUGUCAUGGUCAAUGUCAAGCAGAUUGCCGAGAUGGGCGCAUACGUGAAGCUGCUCGAGUACGACAACAUUGACGGCAUGAUCCUGCUCUCCGAACUGUCCAGAAGACGUAUUCGCAGUAUCCAAAAGCUCAUCCGUAUUGGCCGCAACGAGGUUGUCAUCGUGCUCCGUGUCGAUAAGGAGAAAGGUUACAUCGACCUGUCGAAGCGCCGUGUCUCUCCCGAGGAUGUGGUGAAGUGUGAGGAGCGUUACAACAAGAGCAAGGCGGUCCACUCUAUCUUGCGUCACGUCGCCGAGGCAGCUCAGACUCCUCUCGAGACCCUAUACCAGCAGAUUGCCUGGCCGCUGGACAAGAAAUACGGUCACUCCCACGAUGCAUUCAAGAUCUCCAUCUCCAACCCCGAGGUGUGGAAUGACAUCGAGUUCCCCAGCGAACCCGUGAAGAAGGAGCUCCAGCUUUACAUCAGCAAGAAGCUCACCCCCGCCCCCACUAAGGUCCGUGCCGAUAUUGAAGUCACCUGCUUCAGCUACGAAGGUAUCGAUGCCGUCAAGAACGCCCUGCGCACCGCCGAGGCCGAGAACACCCCCGAAAACCAAAUCAAGGUUAAGCUGGUCGCUCCCCCUCUGUACGUCCUGACCAGCCAAUGUCUGGACAAGCAGCUGGGUAUUCAGCAGCUGGAAGCCGGUAUCCAAAGGAUCGAGGCCAACAUCAAGGCCGCCGGAGGUAACUGCACCGUCAAGAUGGCGCCCAAGGCUGUUACCGAGCACGAUGAUGCUAUUCUCCAGGAGCUUAUGGAGAAGCGGGAGCGCGAGAACCAGGAGGUCAGCGGAGACGAGAGCGGCUCUGAGAGCGACGAGGGUGUGCCCGAGUAA